CAUUGCAUCACUUCACAUUCUCUCUCUGACAUGGAGACAAUUCUUUCAUCAUCAGCGUUGGCGCUUCCAUGUCUCAAAACAUCUAAAUGCCGCCGCACCGCCAUGCUUCGCGUUAGGGCCUCUGUAGCCAUUGACCAACACACUCACCAGACCACCUCCAACCUCGCACUCCUCAGAAUUGGAACCAGAGGAAGAGCAGUCCACUGGCUCUAGCUCAGGCAUAUGAGACCAGAGACAAACUAAUGUCAUCACAUCCGGAGCUAGCGGAAGAAGGAGCCAUUCAGAUUGUAGUAAUUAAAACAACUGGUGACAAAAUACUAUCGCAACCGCUUGCAGACAUAGGUGGGAAGGGCCUCUUUACCAAAGAAAUAGAUGAGGCACUGAUAAACGGCGACAUUGACAUUGCUGUCCACUCAAUGAAAGAUGUUCCUACUUAUUUACCUGAUAAAACAAUUUUGCCUUGCAACCUUCCACGCGAGGAUGUAAGAGAUGCAUUUAUAUCAUUGACUGCAAGUUCACUAGCCCAUCUACCUGCUGGAAGUGUUGUUGGUACUGCUUCACUCAGACGAAAGUCGCAGAUACUCCAUAGAUAUCCAUCUCUUAGUGUUCAGGAAAACUUCCGCGGCAAUGUCCAAACAAGGCUGAGAAAACUCAGUGAGGGUGUUGUCCAAGCUACACUAUUGGCAGUAGCUGGACUCAAACGAUUAAAUAUGACAGAAAAUGUGACUUCAACCCUAUCAAUUGAUGACAUGCUUCCAGCAGUUGCCCAAGGCGCAAUUGGAAUAGCCUGUAGAAGUGACGAUGACAAAAUGGCCGAAUACCUUGCUUCGCUGAAUCACGAAGAAACAAGGCUAGCAGUUUCAUGUGAAAGAGCCUUCCUUGAGACUCUAGAUGGAUCUUGCCGCACUCCUAUAGCAGGUUAUGCUUGCAGAAACGAAGAUGGAAAUUGCUUGUUUAGAGGACUAGUUGCUUCACCAGAUGGAACCCGUGUGCUUGAAACAUCAAGGAUUGGUGCAUAUGCUGUUGAAGAUAUGAUGAAGAUGGGUAAGGAUGCUGGGGAGGAGCUUCUUUCUAGAGCUGGACCUGGCUUUUUCAGUAGUUAGAUAUCUAUGUUAACAGGGUUAUAGGGUGUGUAGGUAAGAUAGGUUGCAUUGGCCAGCCUUUUCUCUAAGGUGGCUUCAUCCAAGGUUUAAGGUUAUUUAUUUGACCCGUUGUCCCGUUUAGUUGUAAAGAUUUGAGAAGUGAGCCUCUAACGAGGGUCGUGUUGUGACUUGUGUCUUGUGUAUUUUCACGAGAUUGGGAAAAGCCAAAUUUUGUAGUGAGGAUUGUGUGGAAGCAAGAAUAUAAAAUAUUACAAUUACAAUAAUUUCUAAAA